CACACACACACACACACACACGGUAUAUAAACCAGAGACUCGCAAAUGAAAUCUUCCAACAACAACAACAACAAAAGAAUGGACAUUUUGGACUCCAGAAGGAUAAAUGGGUGAUUUGUCAAUCGAGAGACGCCGUUGUUGUGUUUUUUGAUAUAUCCUCUAAGGAGGUGUGUUUGAGGACAUUUUGCGGUUUCUUUUGGCACACCGAUGCCGGUGCUUCUGUAUGUCCAGCUUUAACACUUGCUGAUCCAGCGGACUCGAUUGUGUUCAUUGUGCCUUUAUCUACUUUUGGGAUAUUUGGAGAACUCUAACGCGACGCACACGCAUACACUCACGCACACGCAUACAUUUACGCACACCCUCACGCACACGCAUACCCUCACGCACGCGCGCGGCGUCAUGAAGUUCAAACCAAACCAGACGAGAACGUACGACGGUGAAGGCUUCAAGCAGCGAGCGGCGUGUCUGUGUUUCAGGAACGAGCGAGAGGACGAGGUGUUGCUGGUGAGCAGCAGUCGUCAUCCGGAUCAGUGGAUCGUCCCGGGGGGAGGAAUGGAGCCGGAGGAAGAGCCGUGCGGCGCAGCAGUGAGGGAGGUUUAUGAAGAGGCUGGAGUGAAGGGGAAACUGGGUCGACUACUAGGUGUGUUUGAGCAUAAUCAGGACAGGAAGCAUCGCACCUACGUGUAUGUCCUGACCGUGACUGAGACUCUGGAAGCAUGGGAAGACUCGGUCAAUAUCGGUCGAAAGCGAGAGUGGUUCCCGGUGGAGGAGGCGAUAAAGAUCCUGCAGAACCACAAACCUGUUCAUGCAGAAUAUCUGAGGCACCUUCAGCUCAGCUGCUCCACCACCAACAAUGGCAACAUACACCUGCCUCCUCCACCUCCCAACGACAACACAACCCGCGCUGCUGCAUGCAGAUAGGACUGCCCACUCACUCACUCUUCUUUUUUUUUUUUUUUUUUUCUUCCCCCCACACAUGCAUUCCCUCCAGGCUGUAAUCUCCCUGGAUCCCUGGAUCAGCUGAUUUUUAAAAACUGCUUUUGGUGCAAGGACUUUGUUACAAAUGCCUUAAAAAGGACUUUUUUUUUUUUUUUUUACAUGCGGUUUGUUAUGUCGUUUCCUUUAGGAUUUUUCUCUCACCUGCUUUAAUUAUUCUUAUUGCCACGGCUACGACUCGUGCUCUGCAUCUGUCAGCUUUGCAGACUGAAUUACCUCAACUACCCAGAUGCCCCCUGCAUAUACUGGGGAUAAUGAAACUGUUCUUUGGAACUGGUGCCUGCUGUUUUAAAGGAGCCCCCUUUUUUCUUUUUUUAAAUGCCCCAUGCUGUCUGUUAUGAAAGAUGUAAACAAAAAUAUUUCUUAACCUUUCCUCUUCCAAGAAAAAUGGACAAAUGUUAAGGUUUGGCUGCGAGUCAUGCAGUUCUGGGCCAGAAAAACAAAAAUGGGAGCCUGAAAUGAAGGUCUAGCCUCUGUUACGGUGCAAUGUAGUGACUCGCAGUUUUUCUAAUGUAUCUUUGCUACUUUGAGUAUUAGAGUUUUAGAAACACUUCUAAACUUUACACGCUGCACCUUUAAAUGGGAGUCAAGUGGAAAAGGGUCAUAUUGAGUACGUUUUUGUUUACUCUCGGUUUUAAAUCUGUUGAUUAGUCUUGUAUUGCUACAGAAACCUCCUCAAGACAUCCCUUUAAUCAGCGUCCCUUUAAUGCUAGUCCGGAGCAGGCAUUAAGCUCUAUUAGAUUUGCACUAGCACUAUGAGGCUGACCGGUAACGGCAGCUUUUUAUGACCACCAGUUUGUGAGAUGCUAAAAAUCCACCAGAGUAACAAAAUAAUCUGAUUGAAUUCUAUUUAAAGCUACUGCAUGUGAAUAGAAGUUCUACAAUUUCGUAUAUAAACAUCAGACCAGUGUUUUUGUAAAUAUUCUGAGGAACUGAACAUUUAUUGUCAAGGUUUUUAAGUGGAAACAGAUGUAUUAACAAUUAUGCUGAAAUCUUUUUUUACCUUUGUUUUGUUUUUAUGAUUAUGACCAGGAUUAAAAACACAACUCUUAACAGUAGACCUGAAUUUAAUUUAAAUACCAGAACAAAAGCUGCUCUCCACUCAACCUCUCAGACCCUGAAGUGGUGACAUCUAAGAGUGAGGUGUGUGUGUGUGUGUGUGUGUGUGUGUGUGUGUGUGUGUGUGUGUGUGUGUGUGUGUGUGUGUGAGACUGACUAAGAGGUGUGUGAGCGAGAUCGCUAUGUGUGUCAAAGAGAAAGAGCAACUCAGAGGUGUGUGUGUGUGAAUGGGAGAGAAACAUCUGUCUAUGAGAGAGAGAGAGAGAGAGAGAGAGAAAUACAGACAAAGAUGUGUGUGAGAGACAGACAGAGAGAGAGAGACAGACAGGCUGACAGACAGAGAGAGACAGACAGAGAGAGAUAAACAGAGAGAGAGAGAGAGACAGACAGGCAGACAGACAGAGAGAGAUAAACAGAGAGAGAGCCCAGUGUGUGUGUGAGCAAGAGAAAGCGAGACGUGUGUGUUAGAGGAAGAACGAGAAAGACAGACUGAUUUGUGUGAGGGAGAGAUGUGUGUGUGUGUGUGUGUGAGAGACCAAGAGACAGACAGAGAGAGAUAAACAGAGAGAGAACCCGGUGUGUGUGUGUGAGCGAGAGAAAGCAAGACGAGUGUGUUAGAGGAAGAAAGAGAAAGGCAGACUGAUCUGUGUGAGGGAGAGGUGUGUGUGUUGGUCGGUCUGUGUUGGUGACUGAUUCCACAAAAUAAAUGACUGGAUCAUGAACCCUAAAUUUAGAACCUCAGACUCUACAAUGUAAUGCAUUUACUUUACUGUUUUUUUCCUUAUUUGUAUUUGGACUAAUGUAUACAGUGUUGUUAACUGCUUUUGCUCCUUUUUUGUGAGAGUAAAGCAGUUAACUCUGUGAUGUUUGGCUGCAGUUGUAACCCGAGACGUGUCCGAGUGACUGUGUGAGAAAAUGGGGCAAAUCAGAGGUAAUGAUUUACCUCCAAGUUUCUCAUCCAGACAGUGGGUUAAAAUUUGACCUCAAUUCACUGGUAAACAAUUCCACCUACAAGCCCAGGGCCAUGUUUAAUAUUUAGUUGAAGGUCAUUAGAAAUCCUGUCUAACCAAAGCCUCUGUGUUGGGGAUCACUGACUCAACAGAACAGAAGGAUCAGAGUCUGUGUUUUAACUGAGGCUUAGAAAUGGAUGAAACUUAAAAAUUCUUUUAGUCAACAAUUUCUGACAUUUUAAUGACAUUUUCAAUGUUAAAUAUUGGUGGCUGAAAUUUCCGAACAUCUUUAACUCGAACCACGCUGCUAAACCUCAUACUCACCCGAUCAACUGGAUGAUGUAUUUACACGAACAUUAAAAAAAACGUACUUAGAGAUGUCUUUUGGUUAAAUUGGAAAUGUGUGUUUUGUCUAUGAAUCUUCCCUGCUCCUGAAUGUUAAUAUGCCUCUCUAGUGCCAAGCUUUCAGGGAUAUGAAAGAUUCUGUGUUCUUUUAUACUCUUAACAAACUUCGACACAACCAGGGUGGAUUUCUUUCAAUAAACUACUGAAGUUUU